AAUGGGGCUUCCGUAGAAACCGGAAGCGUUCUGUUGCUCAAUUUGCAGGCGAUUUCAGUAGCUACAUUUUCCCACUAAUUUCUUUGUUGGCUGACGCACGUUGACAAGACUGCAACUUCCUUUAAAUAAGCAGCUAUAGUAAGGAGGCUGUGAUGGGUGACAUUCGUCAGUCGCUGUUACCUCGGGACGUGCUGAGUGCUGCCAAGGAGCUGCUGUACCACCUGGACAUUUACAUCUGUAACCUGGUGCAGUCUGGGAGACAGCCCCCUCAGGUCGACUCCAAAACCCUGGAUCUCAUUGAGGAAUUUAUUCUUCAUGCACCCAAAGACAGAAAUGCUUCUGCUAGAAGGAUGAGUGCGCUGCAGGAGCUCCAGCUGCUGGAGAUCAUGUGCAGCUGCUUUCAGGAGCAGAGUCGGGACACCGUCCGCCAGCUUAUGUUCUCCGCUCUCUUUGGUCUCCAAGGAAACGCGGCGGAUGAGAGUCGCAUGGCACUGUUGGGGAAGCUGGUUUCAAUGGCGGUUGCCAUGGGAAGGGUUCCCAUCUUAGAAUGUGCUGCUACCUGGUUACAGAGAACGCAUCGUGUGUACUGUGUUCGCCUGGCCCAAGUACUCGUAGAUGACUACUGUAGCAUGGUCCCAGGCUCCGUGCCCACGUUGCAGAAUAUCCACAGCGCAAGCCCACGCUUCUGCUGCCAGUUUAUCACAGCCGUCACCACCCUCUACGACCUCACAACAGAGGAGCUCACCCCUCCAAUAGAACUUCUCCAGAUGAUAGUAUCCUGGAUCCAGGAGGACCCUCGGCUCGUGCUCAUCACCUUCCUGAAUACUCCUCUCACAGGCAGCCAGCCAAUCAAUUCUCUUGACGUGACGCCACUCGGUGGGCUCGUGCGAUGGUGUGUGAAAGCACCGCUAGCUUACAAGACAGACAAAAAGCAGACGCCGACUCACGAAAGAUCAGAGAACGUGCCGGAAGUAGGGCCUCUCUUCUCCACACUCCACUUAAGUGUCCUACAGGUCUUGAUGCUUCUGCCCAACAUACUCAAUGAGAAAGGACUGUUUGGACGCAUGGGUUUGCUCCAGCUGGACUCCUUGGCAGCUCUGACCUCUGAGUUGUCUCGACUGUUGGACCAGGCUGACAAACAUGCGCACGCCUCGGCCGCAGACGCACACGCAGCACCGCAGCUUGCUCUGGACCGGCUAGCACAAGCGCUGCAGGUGGCAAAGGCCAACGGAGCCCUUCUCUGCUCCAGAGAGGACAUGAGAGCCAUCUGUUCCCGCCUCCCUCACAACAAUUUGCUCCAGUUGGUGCUGUCCGGCCCAGUGAUGUACUACAACAACAUCCACACGCCCCCGCUGGCCUUCAGUCCGCACGCCGCUCACUCCCCCAUCGCCUCGCACCCCGCUCUCCCCACACACGCCGCUCACUCCCCCAUCGCCUCGCACCCCGCUCUCCCCACACACGCCGCUCACUCCCCCAUCGCCUCGCACCCCGCUCUCCCCACACACCCCGCUCACAGCCCACACACGCCCCUCGCCGCUCUCCCCGCCUCUCACGCGCCAUACCCCGCUCAGCCUUUCAUCACCGGGAUGCCGUUCCCCUUUCGACCCAACCACUGAAGGACUGCACAACAGAAGCGGCGUGUGGAUGACGAGUGUGUUAUUGUGUGUUCCAGCAGUGUUAGCGUUCUAUGAGUGUGGGAAGUGUUUGUUGAAUAAAUAUUUUUUUACAUCA